AUGUCCCAUGCCCAGGAGCUGGACACGGCCAUCGACUUGUACAAUGAAGAGCAGUAUGAUGCAUGCAUUGCGCAUAUCAAUCGCGUGUAUCGAGACAAUGUCCCACUCUACUCGAGUCUGCGCUACAACAUCCUUCUCGCCUGCUGUCUCGAUGACUGGCACGAAGCAGAACACAGACGCUACUAUGCAGAGAACUGUUACGCCAACUGGUGUCUUUUCAACCCCGACGGCUCCUAUGCGGGUGUGGAGAGAACCCGCACGUCCCUACGCGACAACCUGGAUGAACUUUCCGAAUACUUGGCAUCAUUCAGACCGGACGAUUGGAAGGAAACGCAAAUGUUCUGGACCGCCACCGAGACUGCCGAAGCUGAGGAAGAGUAUGCCGCUGAGAUGGCGGAGGCAGAAGAGAAGGAGCAAGCCGGAUUGGCAGAGGAAGCGGGCGUUGACAAUGCUGAAGCUGGAGAAGAGCAACAAAUCGAUGCCGCUGAGGCCAAAGAGGAAGAGCAGGAUCUCGCCACUGCCGAACAGAGCUGA